UUAACAUGAGGGUUCCUGACGGUUAGGGACAAAUGCAAUCAGAUGGCAGGAUGCUGUAAACGGAACAAACUUCAGUCAAGAGAACAACUGAGAUAAUCUAUCCACAAUACGAGGUUAGUCGUUAAUAUAGUGCAACAACACGGAAGUGGAGGAAGCAAGAAGAAUGAGUUGAGUAAAUUUUGACUUCUCUGUUUUGUUUCGCUUAAUGCACCUUAUAAUCCGGUGUGCCUUAUGUAUGAAAAAACAGACCCAUUCAUCGACAGUGCACUUUAUAAUCCGGUGCGCCUUAUUGUCCGAAAAAUACAGUACAUAUAUAAUGUUUAGGAUAUUUUAUCUUUUAAUUAUGAUAGGUUUUCCUAUUUAGGUCAAGGGACUGUGGUUGUACUGUAAUCUGAAAUAUUGAAAUGAUGAUCUAUUCCCCCAUGUAAAUUUACCUUUCACUAUGUAAUUGUAUGAUAUUAACAGUGUUUGUAGGAAUUUUCUAUAUAAAUGUAAAUCUGCAAUACUGCAAUAAUAAGGUCUUGAGAGUUGGUUCCCAGUUUCCUGUCAGUAACAAGUAUUUUACAUAUCUCAAUAAUAAUGUACAUUUAAAUGCUAUUUUUGAUCGUCAACUGUGUUGACAUUUUUAAAGUGCUAAAUGUCAAUGUUUCCAAGCUGUGGGCCUUUCUAUUUAAUAUUCAGGAGUCUGUGUUUAUCACGUAUGACCAAGUAAUCCAGUCAAAGUGCCAAUACUCUCUGUGUUCAGAGGUCACAUGAACCUGAGGGCUAAUACAUUUGAGUUCCUCUGUGCAACAGAUAUGCUGAUGGAUCACGGACAUCACCUAGCUCUGUCGUCAUGGAAAUUGAGUGACUGGAGGUGAUUCACACAGCACCAGCGACCUUUUAGCUGGAUGUAUACUUAAGAAUCAGAUCCUGAUUGGAGUUUGCUAAUUCACAUUGAAAAGGUCUAGAAGUUCAGAUACGAAUCAUUAACAUGCAAAGAAAGACUGAAGGCAGACACAAAGCGCAGCUUACUGGAAAUGGAGGACGAAAGAUUGAAAGAGAAGAGACCAUUGGGAGAACUGCUGGAAGUAAAGGUGGAUGUUCACUCUGAAGCUCUGGACUUCAUCCACAGUGACACGAGGCCUGUGAUUUAUGACAGGGAUCCCAAAAAAGUCAACAGCAGUCUUAAGGUCAUGUUUGAGGAUGUGAUUGCAGAACCCCCCUCUGUGCGGAGCUUUGAUAAAGUGUGGCUAUGGAGUCACGCCCUGUUUGAGGUAUCCAGACUAUGGUGCUACCGAUUCAUCUCUCUCCUGCUGGCUGUGCCAGUCUCACUGGCAGCAGGGCUCCUCUUUGCUGUGCUCAGCUGCCUGCAUAUCUGGUUGAUCGUGCCAUGUGUGCAGCUCCUUCUCAUCAAUAUGCACUGGGUUCAGACUGUGUGGGCCAGCAUACUGAACAUUUUUAUCAGUCCAUUCUUUACCAGUAUUGGAAAGUGCUGUGGUCAAGUCACCAUCCUUCUGGCAAAAGAUAAAAACUGAUGGAAACACACUGUGUGGAAGUGAUUGGUUAAAACAGCAAUUAUGGCACAUGAACAGCGGCAACAGACUGCAUACUAAUUCUGCUGGGAGGGAAAUGAUCAUCUGUAUUUUAACCAUCUGUGAUUAUUCUAUGUUUUUAUUCACUUAUCAUGUAAUUUGUCAUGCUGAAAUAUAUAAUUAGUUUUCUGUUUUCUAAAUUUAAUAGUGCAUUAUGCAUAAAGCCUUUUGGCUGUCUAGAUAAGGGCAACACAAAAAGCAUACACUAAGGGGAAUUAAUAAAUAAUAAUUCAAUAAUAAAUGAUAUUAAAAACCUCCUUAAUACACAUGUAAAAGAAGAAUCCACUGAAAGCAAAGUGAAUGACAGAUAUUGCAAUUAAUUUGCAAAAGAUAUCCACCCAUAAAAUUUGAACUGAUUAUAAAAACAGAUUAGGAGGCCUUAAGAGCUCUAGUAGAGCACUGGACAGUCCUCUGGAUGGACUGAUGUGUAUGCGAGGUUAAUGAAGACUAUAUGAAUGCAAAUAUGUAAAAAAAAAAAAAAAUUAACACCUGCUAACAACUUUAGGUUUAAGGUUUUGAAUCCAGCUAUAUGCAGUAUUUUCUAUUAAACAAGAUGAUAGCUGAAGGUGGAGACCAACAACUAAUUCCACUCUGAUUUAUUUUUCUAUGUAAAAAGGUUCCUCUGAAUCUUCUUUUAACUUGAUUGGAAGUAACACAUUUAUAACAGAAAGCCUCCUGUGUUAAAUGUAGUGUGAAUGGAAAGGAGUGGAAGUUUAAGAGCCAGAAGGUGUGCAACCUUGGAACCUGUCUGCCAUUAUCUGCGGAUGAUAGUCAAAUACAGACCAUCAUCUGUAUCAACUCAAAUCUGCAUAUUCAAAUAGAGACCUCUGAUUGCCUUGGCACCCAAUCACAUCUGCAUAUUCCAAUUUAGAUACACCAAUUAACCUGCCAAGCAAAUUUUUGGACUGUAGAAGAAAGCUCAAUUACCCAUGCAGAACAUGCAAAACUAACCAUUGAACCAGCGUGCUACCCCUUGUGUUUGAGAAAUUAAAACAAAUCUGUAAAUGUUGUGAUUCACCUCAUUUGUACAGCUUGUAGGAUCAAACUUAAUAUUCGAUUA